UGUAACGAUUUCGGACAAUAUGUUGAAACUAAUCUGUCUAUAAAUGUAGACACGUGAUUAUCGAGUUCAAUUGCUUUUAUUGUGGCAGAAAAAAAACAGAAUGCUGUCUUAUAUUGUCAAAGUGUAGUUCUGGAAGAUACAUGUACGGGAAGCGGGUAAUGGAGGAGAAGAGGAAGAAGAGCAGAGUUUUGAUAAUCGGAGCAACAGGAAGAUUAGGGCAUUAUUUGACCCGUUUCAGCAUCGAAUCGGGUCACCCGACUUUCGCCCUCAUCAGAAACUCCACUUUCCCCGAUCCUUCCAAAUCCUCUAGGCUGAAAUCUCUCUCCGACGCCGGCGCUACUCUUCUCAAAGGUUCAUUGGAAGAUGAGGGAAGCUUAGAAGAAGCAGUGAGGAAAGUAGAUGUGGUGAUCUCUGCGAUUCCAUCAAAACAUGUUCUUGAUCAGAAACUCCUCAUCAAAGUCAUCAAACAAGCUGGAUCCAUCAAGAGGUUUAUUCCUGCUGAAUAUGGAGCAGAUCCGGAUAAAACACAAGUCUCAGAUCUUGAUCACGGAUUCUAUUCAAAGAAAUCUGAGCUCAGGCGUAUGAUUGAAUCCGAGGCCAUUCCUCAUACAUACAUUUGCUGCGGAUUGUUCAUGAGAAUUCUACUCCCAUCGCUUGCGCAACCGGGGCUUCAAUCGCCUCCUAUCGACAAAGUCACCGUUUUUGGAGAUGGAAACGUUAAAGCUGUUUUCGUGAAUGAAGUUGAUGCUGCAGCAUUUACAAUCAAAACGAUAGAUGAUCCUCGAACACUGAACAAAACCGUAUACCUCAGACCGCCUGGAAACGUUUGCUCCAUGAAUGAUCUUGUUGAGCUUUGGGAGGGAAAGAUUGAGAAGAAGCUUGAGAAGACUUGUCUUACUGAAAAUCAACUUCUCAAAAAGAUCAAAGAAACUCCAUAUCCAGAGAACAUGGAGAUGGUCUUCAUAUACUCAGUCUUUAUCAAAGGAGAUCACACGUACUUCGACAUCGAGUCUUCUGGUGGAGUGAGUGGUACGGAGCUUUACCCUGAUGUCAAAUACAUGACCGUGAGCGAGUUUCUUGAUACUCUUCUCUAGGGUACAUGCAUGUAACUUCAAUUUUCAGAGAUCCCUUAACUACUUCGAAAUUAUCCGUCUUUGAAGAACCUAUUUCUCCCAUGUAGGAGCAUUUUUUUGUUCCUAGUUCUCGCAUGUCAUUCUUGCAAAAAUCCUACAUUUAUGUUGUUUUCCAUGCAGUUAUA